AUGUUGGAGAAUGUUCUAGUAAAGAUGUCCCAGAUACAGCCACUCCCAGGGAUAGAUUCAAAUGAUCGAGAGAAAUAUUUCUUCUCUCCUCUCCAUGCUAAGAAUCCAUACACCAAUAAUGGGAAAAUCAAUAGGUCAACAAAGACAGGUUCAUGGCAAGCUAAGGUAAAGGAUCGUAAGAUUACUUCUGAACACAAUGGCGUAGAGAAUGGUAUAAAGAAAAUUUUUGUUCAUUCUUGUACUAAGGAUGGGAUCAAGUAUGUGAUGCAUGAGUACAGUGCAAGUUCCAAUUUACCUAACCCGAGUGCUCUGGUUCUGUGUAAAGUAAUGAAGAAGAAGCUGGAUGAGAAGAGUAAUGUAGCACGUAAGAAGAUUAAAAUGACAGAGGAGAAGGCUGAAGUACUUCCAUAUAACAAGGACAUUAGUACUCCAGCAUCUGAUGACGGUUCUGAUUUUGAGAAAAGGUUUAGCAGUGAGAAGAGUGCUGAUAUUUCUACGUGUGAUAAUAUUAACAAUAGAGGUGAGGAAAGUGAUCAGCAGGCUGAAAAUUUAACCUGUGAUGGUGGUGGAACAAACCAUGUUCCAGAGUUUACAAGUCUUGAAGAGAUAGACCAUGAGAUACUACCACAGCUGAUUUCGUUCCCUGGUUAUGAUCAGCAGUAUGAUAGCCUUGACCACUUCACACUAGAUAAGCAGCCACCGAUGCUUACAGAGCAACUCUCCACUAACAAUGGUCCUGCAGGAACUUCCGUGUCCAGACCAGAGGAAGAUCUGUUCUUCGAGCUUGGACAUUUGUGGGCUUGA